AUGAGCCGCGAUGAACACUACGCGAAGGAAAGAAUUACUUCAGCAGCAGGCCGCAGCCGGCUCCAGCGCCUGCUGCCGUCAAUAACAUUCGCUGCGGUACACUAUGGCUACUUUGUAGGCGUGUGCAUAGUGAGCUCUCUCGUGUUCUGGGCCUCCUCGACCGGGCCAGGCGGCAGCGAUGGCGCCACUGGCCGUCCCGGUCGCGUCGGCUACGUCGACAGCCUGUACCUUGUCGUGUCGGCAAUGACCGAGACGGGCUUGAACACGGUCAACCUCAGCCAGCUCAACACGUGGCAGCAGACCAUCUUGUUUUUGUUGAUAGUGUUUGGCGGCUCGGUAUGGGUGUCCAUAUGGACGGUUCUAGCUCGCAAGUGGGCGUUUGAGCGACGGUUCGACGAGCUCGUUGCGGCCGAGUGCGCUGCCGCCGGCGCGCCGCUGUCGUCGCCUGGUGGCGCACAGGGUCUGCUGCAGUGUUUUGCGUCGCGGGUACAUGCCGUAUCGUCGGGCGUCGAGCCGGCUUCUCUUGGGCGGCGCGAUGAUGUCGAAAAUCUUGGUGGCGUCGUGCUUGCGAGCGCCCCGUGCUCUACCACCCAUGAUACCGCCGCUUCCAAAUCAACGUCCUUGACAAGGCGGCGGCCGGCCGGCCAGGGUGGGGAAAUCGUACAGAUGAGAGCAGACACUUUGCGGCGUGUCGUUGAUCGCCACAUGCUCGGCGGUAUGAAUCAUGCACCCAAACUCACCAGCGAGGAGCGUUGUCGACUCGGCGGGGUAGAGUACCGCGCAAUCAGGCUCCUGGCGGUGGUGGUGCCACUAUACUCUGCCCUCUGGCAGGUGCUGGGCUGUCUCGCUCUCGGAGCAUGGAUCCAGACCAACCUCCCGCAGCCCCCGAUCAACAACGGCAUCAACCCCAUCUGGCUCGGCAUAUUCAACGGCGCGUCGGCCUUUAACAACUCGGGCAUGUCCCUCCUCGACGCAAACAUGGUCCCCUUCAACCAGGCCUACUUUGUCCUCGUCGUGAUGGGCGGCAUGAUCCUGGCCGGCAACACAGCCUACCCCGUCUUCUUGCGACUGUGCCUCUGGGCAUCGCUCGAGGCGCUGCGGCUCGCGACAGGCGAGGCGGCGCUCCCCGGCCUCAAGGCCGCUCUGGCGUACACUCUGAAGCACCCACGCCGUGUUCACUCGCACCUCUAUCCGUCGCGGCAGACGUGGUGGCUGGCGGCCUCGGUCGUGGUCCUCAACGCCGUCAUGUGGGUUGCGUUCGAGCUGCUCAACCUCGGCAACCCGGUCAUCGAAUCGCUGCCAAAGGCCGCCAGGGUCGUCGAUGGCUUGUUCCAGGCUAUUGCUGUCCGGUCGGGCGGCUUCAUGGUCGUGCAGAUGGCACAGAUCUAUAUUGGACUGCAAGUGCUUUAUGCCAUUAUGAUGUAUAUCCCCGUGCAUCCCGUCAGCAUCAAGAAAUCCACCGUCUGCGUGGAGCGCAGCGUCAGUGUCGAGAGCGGUAGCGAGAAGACGCCAGCACCGACGCUCGGCAGCAGCGCACAAGACGAUCAUGGAGAAUCCACCCAGGGCUUCCUCGCACGGCAGCUCAAGGCGAGCCGGGUAGGGCGGGAUGACGUGUGGCUGCUCGUCGCGGCGGUCCUGGUCAUCGUCACCGUCGAGACGAGCCACUUCCUCGCGGACCCCGUCACGUGGUCCGUCUGGAACGUCUUUUUCGAGGUCGUCUCGGCAUACGGCUGCGUCGGCGUCUCGACCGGCGUGCCGUUCGACUCGUUCAGCUUCAGCGGGGGCUGGAACGCGCCGAGCAAGCUGAUGCUGUGCUUGGUUAUGCUGAAGGGCAGACACCGCGGGCUGCCCGUGGCUGUUUACCCUGAGCUGAUGCUGCCUGGGGACGACGAGGAGGUUAGGGAGGGAGAGGAAGACGUUUGA